AUAUCAUAACAUACCAUACUACCAUCAAGUUCAAGUCAGAAGAAGAAGUCAUGAAUCAUCGUAACCAAACUUUCAUGCUGUUCUCUGUCCUUUUCCUGUUCUUCUCUGUCGACUUGGCAUUCUCGAUGCCGAAGGAUAGAGAAGAUCCAAUAAUCCAGCAGGUGGUCGAUAAGGGAGGAGCUGAGUAUCAAUUUAAUGAAUUCAAGCAAAGGUUUGGUAAGGUUUAUUCCUCCAAAGAUGAACAUGAUUAUAGGUUCAACGUCUUCAAGUCUAACCUUCACCGUGCUAAGAGACAUGGGAUAAUGGAUCCUUCAGCAACUCAUGGUGUUACAAGAUUCUCCGAUCUUACUCCGAGGGAGUUUCGUAAUAGCAUCUUGGGAUUAAAAGGAGUAGGGUUACCGAGACAUGCAAAAGCUGCACCUAUUCUUUCGACCGAGAACCUUCCUCGUGAUUUUGAUUGGAGAGAAAAAGGAGCGGUUACCCCGGUUAGGAAUCAGGGUUUCUGCGGUUCAAGUUGGAGUUUCAGUACGAUUGGUGCACUCGAAGGUGCUCACUUCCUCUCUAGCGGAGAACUUGUGAGUCUUAGCGAGCAACAUCAUGUUGACUGUGAUCACGAGUACAUUCAAAAAUAUGGUGGGCUGAUGCGAGUGGAGGACUAUACUUAUUAUAAGACAAACACUGCACGAUCGGUGGCGGCAAAUUUCAGUUCUAUUUCGGUUGAUGACAACCAAAUCACCGCCAAUCUCGUUAAACAUGGACCUCUUGCUGCUGCAAUAAACGCGGUAUACAUGCAGACAUACGUGGGAGGAAUAUCAUGCCCAUACAUAUGUACAAGGAGGCUGGAUCUUGGAGUUUUGCUUGUGGGGUAUGGUUCUGGAGCUGGAGCUGAUAUGAAGGAGAAGGAGAAGCCGUAUUGGAUCGUUAAAAACUCGUGGGGUGAGACCUGGGGAGAGAACGGAUACUACAAGAUUUGCAGAGGACGAAAUAUCUGUGGAGUGGACUCAAUGGUUUCUACUGUGGCUGCUGCUCACACUACUACUCAGUGACAGUAGUAUGAUUUCUAUCUCAUACAUGUACCAACCUUCAUUUCAUUUCAAGACUUGUUGAAUAUGAUCAUCCAAUGGUUGGCCUUCCUAUUCCUUGCACCGAAGAUGUCUUCCAGCACAUAAUGUCUCGCUUGUAAAGCUCACACUAUUGUUGGAGACUGGCAUAGUUUACUGUUAGUAGAUCCAUUUUGAACAUGAGACAUCUUAUCAAAUUGUAAAGACCCUACAGAGAUAGGAAAUGUAAUUAUCAUAAAAAUGAUAGAUUUUGACUAUGCAUUUUUCGUUUGAUGAAUAAUGACAAUGAAUUCGACUUUUCAAGUAGCUCCUAUGUUUUUUGUUUGUUUUAUGUUAAAAUUUUCACUCUUCCUUGCAGUCAGACCUUCCAAAAUAUAAGCAGGACUGCUUGGUAUCAGAAAAAACCGACUUGGUGUUCUGAUAAAUUUCA